ACGGGCUUGAGCCGCCAUUUUGACUGAGCAACCAUAGUGACAGGAGCCGGAGCAGCAGCUCAGGUUGUCCCCGUUUCCCCUCCCCCUUCCCUUUUCCGGCUGACUUCCCGGGCCCUGCAUUACACAGUCCCGGUUCUGCCAUGUCCCAGAAACAAGAAGAAGAAAACCCUGCGGAGGAGACCGGCGAGGAGAAGCAGGAUACACAGGAGAAAGAAGGGAUUCUCCCUGAGAAAGCUGAGGAGGCAAAGCUAAAGGCCAAAUAUCCAAGCCUAGGACAAAAGCCUGGAGGCUCCGACUUCCUCAUGAAGAGACUCCAGAAAGGGCAAAAGUACUUUGACUCAGGAGACUACAACAUGGCCAAAGCCAAGAUGAAGAACAAGCAGCUGCCAAGUGCAGGAGCAGACAAGAACCUGGUGACCGGUGACCACAUCCCCACCCCACAGGACCUGCCCCAGAGAAAGUCCUCGCUCGUCACCAGCAAGCUUGCGGGUGGCCAAGUUGAGUGAUGCUUCCUGGGCUCCACCAGACCGUGAGACGCUGCCCACUCAGGUCCUGUGCUGGCUCCUGCCCCUCCCUGCUUUUGUAGCCAGGGGUCAGGAGGUGGCCCGGGUGCAGGCUAGAGAGGCAGAGAACCUGCCCACUGGUGUCCCAGCACAUGGAGCCCCUUGGGCUGAGCACCAAGACCUUGAACUUUUUGUUUUGUUUUGUUUUACCUUUUUUUCCAAAUAACUGUUGGAAGAAAACUCAUUGAGAUCCCAAGGGUGGGGUUGAAAGGGUGGAGUGAAGAUGUGGGGGAGUGAGUGAGGGUUUAUGACCGAUAAAAGUUUCCUACCCUUCUCCUGAACCACAGGGUUGCUGUGAAUGACUGUAGGGUGAAGGGAUUGACAGUGGACCAUGGUAAGGGGUUCAGGUUCAGCUCUGAAGAGAGAAACCCUCUUUGACUAUGACUAGUGACCUAGUGUCAGAGAAAAGGGGUUGUGUUCUUUAAAGCAGACAAGGUCUCUCUGGUUCUGCAGAACAAGUUGAGGAUUCAGUAUAAAGUGUUCCUUUAAAAAAAAAAUGCUGUCCUUGAAAUAGGCUUGCUGUGUGAAGAAGGGCAGUGAGUGGUGGGGCCCCACAGAGCCCUGGGGAAUUUUUUCAGUAUUUAAAAUAAAACAACAAAAAAUACCCAUGGAAAAAACCAAAACUA